AUGAAGAGUUGGUUUAUUUUGUGGUUUUUGACUUUGCAGAAAUUGCCUUAUUUUUUUGUUUUGUUUUUUUUUUUACGUGGUUAUGUUGAUAUAUUGGUUGUUGGUUCUACUGAAUCUUUUAAUUGA